AUGAUCAGGGUGGAGCUGCGUCGACAGGACGUGUGCGAUGCCGACUUGCCCUCGUUGUUUCGUCACGUUGGCCUCCGGCUGCAGACGGCUGGGGCUCAAACUUCUUACGCACUGGAUCUUUCGCAAAAUCCGCGCAUCACAGACGAUGGUGUGACAUCGAACCUUGUACCUUUCUUGCGGCAGUGGCCGCAGUGUUCUUCCCUGAAGCUUGGCCAGACAUCGAUCGGGGAUAUGUCUUUGCUGGCACUGGGCGAUUGGAUUUCCAGUUCCUCGGUGACUGAGGUGGACCUAUCGCAACUUGGUGGAAGCAUCACAAGCAAGGUGGUCGUCGACACAAUCAGAAUGGUCAUCUCUCGACGCAAGGCCUUGCAAGACAGGCAGGGUGCCACCGCGCAGCUAUGGCUUUGCUUGGAACUCAAUGGUAUCGAAGGGGUUGAGGCCUCUGUUACGCAUGCGAACAUUUGGGAGCGGAGCUGUGCAGGCUGGAAGCGUCACUCCAUGUGCAAAGCAAACAAGAUCCCCGUUGUAGAGCUAUCCCUCUAUCCCUCCAGGCCCCCACCGGUGCCCAACCGUGGCAAGGAGAUCUUGUCAAUUCUCAAAGCAGGCUCCUCGUCGCAGAGAAGCGCGGCCCAACCACUGGCUCUGAGCGUGGAUGAGUUUCAGUUGUACUGCAUGGAAUCACGCGAAGCUGCAGAAGCCGGGGCAGAUCGGAAGAACCAUGAGACCUUCGGAAAGGACACCCUUGCUGAGGGAUGGUCGUUCGAGAGGAACGUCGAAGCCAAUCGGCUCUUGAAAGCAGGGGCGCCCAAGACACUUCUUACCCCUGCAGUCAGAGUCGCCAAAGGUCAACUGGGGAGCGAGAAGUGUGACAAGAACGAGAAGCACGGCAAGAAGGACAGGAAGGAAAAGAAGGAGAAGCGCACUGACAGCCCACGAGAGAAUGCUGCCAAGUCAGUUGUGGACAAGACUGUGCGCUCCAUUCUGACAAACACGCCGGUGCUUCAGCACAGUGACUUCCGGGGCAACGUCCGCGAGUGGCUGUUGGCAAUCCAUAGAGCAGCCGGUGGCAAGGGUGUUGCUGAGGCUGCAGAGCUUAUCCGAGUCACUGUGGAGAGCAAGCAGCGCGAAGACGUGGCCAAAUGGACAGGGUACCUUUGCAAGCUGCUCGAGCGAUUCCACGCUCAAGUCCGACCCACAGUGCGAAUCCAGUUGCAGUGA